AGAUAAUAUUUUAGGAAAUUAGAGGUGCUUAAGGGUAAUUAGUCAUUUCCCACAAUGAGUGGAGGAGAUGGAGAAGAGAACCAGAAGUGGCCAUGCAAUUUGUGCACUUACCUCAACUACCAGAGUGCACAUCGCUGCACUAUGUGCGGCUCCUCUCGUCCUGUACAACAAAUCAUCCCAACUAACCAGAGCAGCUCGUUUGAUACUGACCCUCUUCCCUCUGCACCUUCUCCUCCUCCUAGGCCACAUGACUCAGGAGGAGAGAAGUGGGCAUGCACGCGUUGCACGUACCUCAACUACCCUCGAGCAAUCCGCUGCUCCCAGUGCUCUAGUCAGAAGAACAGCUGCAGUGUAAGCCCUACUGACAUCCGAGAUGAUGCCUUUGGUGCACACUCACCUCCUUCACAGCAAACGUCAAGAGCUACUAUGUCUCCACAGUCUUCUUCUCCUACGUUCAAAAUCAGUCUUGGAUCCCCUACUAAGGUCGUGCAUUCUCCCUCCCAUAAGGCUCGUCUGUCUCCUCCUCUCAAGUCACGGCAGUCUCCACCAUCUAAAUCGCGACAAUCGCCAUCUCUCAAAUCUCGCCAGUCACCUCCUCUAAAGCUCCAUCAAUCAUCUCCUAAAGGACGUCGGUCGCCCCCGAGACAAGGCUCUCCAAAACAGGGGCCCAAGACUCCCAAUUCUAAGUCAAGGGUCAAUCAUGAAACACAAACGAGUCCAAGUGGCAUUCCCUCGCCAGAGCAGCAGUGCACACUGCAACACAAAUGGUGCUGCCCCGCGUGCACUUACGAGAACUGGCCGAGAUCUGUUCGCUGUAUCAUGUGCACCACUCCAAAAACUGCUCUGUCUCGAGACCUUGAUGGCAGCAAACAUAACGUGCCCGUUCCUCCCAAUGGCAGUUAUGAGACUUCAAAGAGCAGGCUUGGCUGCUCAGGGACAACAUCCACCUCUGAAUCCCAGACGGACGCCGAGUUUGAGUCCACUGGUAAUAGUGCUGAAUCUCAGUGUAUAGAAAAUCACGAUUUAGGCAAUGAUGUAAAUACGCCAAACAGUAGAAAUCAAAAAUCUACCGAGGGCUCUCUUGCCCUCACUGAUAUCUCUAAAACUUGUGAGAGUAUAAAUAUCAUUAAUAAAAACCGCAGUGAGCUGGUGCUUGAAAAACAAUCUAAUAGACAGGAAUCUUCUAAGUCUUCCUCUGGGAAGCCGUCAUGUAUAAAUGAUGCUUCCGCCAUUAAAAGCAGCGACUACACCAUCACUACCACAGCUUCAUCACCCACUCAUACAGCUGGAUCUCACUCGUCGUCGGCUGGAAAUAAAAUAUUAUUUAGCACAGAUCCAAACAAUGGUUGUAGUUGCAUCACUUCUAAUGAGAAGGAUGCAUCAUUGUGUAAAGUUAAUGCGAAUGAGAUCUGUGUUGGAGCAUCUGCUGUAGCAGUCAGUGGUGACGCGGGCGUCCGAGGUAGAGCCAACGAAGGGGCCAUAGCACUAAAUAACUAUGAAACAGAACGGCUCUUGCGACAACUUCGACGGAGAUUACGAGAUGCAGAUUUGGCGUUUUUAAACGCUUGUCUGGCAGUGGUUGAAGGAAACUAUGAACCUGUUGAGCGAUACUUAUCUGCUGGAGGUGAUCCUAUGAGGAAACUUACUAGCACCGAUAUCAAGCUACUAGCACGCCCUUCUGCUUUUGACGAGGGACACACGCUGGUUCACUUAGCCAUCAGGUUUGGAAGAGAAGAUCUGCUCGAUACGAUCCUAUCUGGCAUCCAUGGUGGCGGUUGUGGAGCAAAAAGAGUGCCUUGUUUCGUGGCUCCUGAGUUGGCUACAGAUAUCCGACGCAGCAUCGCUGCCUCCCUGCGCCAGCGGAGAGAGGCUUUCCCUUGCUACUGCGUGUCUGAGUUUGUCACCUACUCCCUACCUCCUGAGAUCGAGCACCUUGGCAGCACUAGCGUGCAGGAUCGGCUGUGGGACGAGCUACUGGACCGAGACGUUCAGAAGCAGUUAGAGGAAGAUGCGCCCAUCAUCAACUGGUCACUGGAGCUCACAGAAAGACUUGGCUCCCGCCUCUACGCCCUCUGGAACAGGACGGCUGGGGACUGUCUGCUGGACUCUGUGUUACAAGCCACGUGGGGCGUGUUCGACCGAGACAACUGCUUGCGACACGCCCUCGCUGCCUCCAUCACGGACGCCUCGCAUCUCCUCUACCCGCGCUGGAAAGAGUACGAGAGGCUGCAAGCUCGCAUGCUCGAUUACGCUGUUCCUGAGAACCAGGUACUGGAGGAAUGGGCCGAGCUGGUGUGCCUUGCAUCGCAGCCUGGAGCAGCAUUAGACCAACUUCACAUUUUCGUCUUGGCGCAUAUUUUACGCAGGCCCAUAAUCGUGUACGGUGUCAAGUGCGUCAAAAGCUUCAGAGGCGAAGACUUGGGCUUCGCCAGAUUCGAAGGUGUUUACUUGCCUUUCUUGUGGGAUGCGAGUUUCUGCUGCAAGUCCCCUAUAGCCUUGGGCUAUACGCGCGGCCACUUUUGUGCUCUCGUGCCCAUCUGCCCUCAGUCCUUGCCAGCGUCUGCAGCUGGUGCCAUCUUGGACCCAGGAGAGUCUCAACUCGUGUUUCUUCCUCUGAUGAGUAGCGACGGCAAGCUUCUGCCCGUCCAUUUCCUUUCUCAAGCCGAGGUGGGAUGCGAGGCCGGGCUGUUAAGAGAGUGGCUGGAAGUAUGUCAGAGCGACACUGGGCUUCUCGUGGCACAGCAGAAACUUCACAAGAAGCCUCUUCCUGUGGCUCAGAUGACGGAGGAGUGGCUCAACUAUUAUCGCACCAUGGCGCAAAUGGAAGGCGCUCCCUUCGCUCGUCCAGUUACUACUCAAAACUACUCAAGUGACGGCGACUCGGAGGAAGAAUGACAACUGAGCUGUUCUUCCUUGCGCACUUCAAGGAGUCGGAGGGUGGAGUAAUGUAAACACAGAUCAAUUCACUCAUUUCCUGCGGGAAGUCCAUUUGGCUCUAUAUGGAUGAUUGUAUUACCAAAAUCUGCAUUCAUUUAGCCAUUGUUUGAAAUUAUUAUAGUAUUUUGGUAAAUGAAUGACAGGGAACAAAAAUACUAGAGAAUCUCAUACUAAGUUCUACCUCCUGAAAACAAAUAGAAACCGCCUGCCGCAAAUAGAGUUAACAUGGAGCCGUCGUGACGCUCAUCGUCAAGUGCUGUGUUAGCUUGAUGUUUUUCAGCUAUGUGCUUAAGAUGUCUUACGCGCUCAGAAUUGUCACUCGGCUCUUGUCUUGUCGACGAAUGUUUUGAUUCCAGCGUUUCACCAAUCCUGCCAAACUGUUCUUUGUGCUCAGCAUUAGUAAAAAAAAUUGAAUCAAAUAUCAUCUCUGUUCAGGAGAAUCCUGCUGAGCUUUGGCGCCAAGCUAGAAAUAGCCAGUUUCAAUAAAUGCCGCAUUCAAUCCUUCUGAAUAAAUGUCAAUCUCUUCCCGGAAGAAAAUUUGAUAAUGCCAAGUGGAAAAUAAUCUUUAUGGUUGUCGGAAUUUCGAAAUUAAUUAUUAUAUACCGUUUCGUGCGAGUACUACGUACAAUAUUUCUAGCAGUGUUUGCCUAUAGAGUACAAAUUUUUAACUCGCUUUCUUCACCGCCAAUCUGUAUCUUAUUUUCAAUACCUUCAUACAAAUCGCACUAUGCUUAAUUCGUGAGAAAAAUUCUUUUGUUAAUUCAUUUUUUUAUCAUCGCGAUUCUGGUCCAUGAAUCUGCCACCGUAAUAAGUAAUAAAGGUAGAAUCCAUUCGUAGUUAAUUCCCGUAAGUGUAGUUUGAUUUUAGUGUCAAUUUA